UGAAAACAUAACCUAACAAUUUUAAAUACUUCUUUCUUCCUUUAUGUUAUGGCAAUUCAAAAGUUUUCAUUUUUUAUAACAAAUAAGUGUAGCACAACAGUAGCCGAUUUACCUUUGAAUAAUACGAAACUAACAUCUUUGCAACUAUAAUGUAGGUGAAACGCGUUGUAGUGUAAAUUAGUAUUUGUUCAGUGCUCUAUUGUUGUUAAAUGGCGUGCCAUUUCAUCGAAAAUGUUUACACGCAAAUUUUUACGCCGAGGGAACAUCAGGUCGAGCUUCUGCAAGCCGCGAAAGAAAGAAAUACCAUCGUUUGCUCAGGAACAAGUACGACGAAAACUUUUAUCGCAGUGAAGCUAUUACAAGAACUCGCUUGGCAAAUGCGAUCACCUACCGGUAAAAGAGCUUUGUUUAUUUUAGAUCCUCUGAACGUGAAUGUCAUGACGUCUCACAUACGACUGUUAACAGAUCUUUCAGUGAAAGACCUAAACGAGUGUGUCUUUGACGAGGAGGUUUGGAUUAAAAUACUUAGUACACAUUCCGUUAUUAUAACUACGAUAGAUAUUUGUACAGAACUUCUACAGUUUGAUUACCUAGAUCUCGAUAUUCUUAACCUAAUAGUAAUUGACGACUGUUUAUACGGAGAACGGCAGGAACUGUUAAGCGUAUUAAUGCAUAGAUACCGUAAGUUAAACACUUGUGAUAAGCCGCGCAUACUGGGAUUAGCGGGGAGCUUACUAGGACCCGAUCUGAGGCCAGAAUGUUUAGAGGACGAAUUGCAGCGCCUCGAGAAUUUGUUAUGUAGUUCUGUUAAUACUUCGAGUGAACUAGUUACAUUGUUGAGGUUUUGUUGUCGUCCCCAAGAAAGAUUAGUGGAGUGUGCCUCGAUGGGGCAAGUUUCACCUUUGCAACAAAACCUCGAGAAGAUUGCACUAGAGGCAUUGGAAUUUAUGGAUGAUCAUCGGUUUGCGCCUACCGAAAUAUACACAGAUGAAACUUAUUUAGCCGAAUUAUUAGCCAUGCCUGAUCCUAAAUCCAAACCAAAAGAGAUGCUAUUAGAAUUUUUAGACGUAUUGAGAGAUUUAGGACCGUGGGCCGCUGACCAGGCUGCAUACUCUAUGAUUUCUUUGAUAGAACGAUUGAAAGUGAAAGUUCCCUACGAGCGUCACUACCUCCUGUUGUUAAUGGUUUUUACGGUUUUAAUUCGCGUAAGAGCGACGUGCGACGACGAAUUCCAAGGGCUCUCCGAAAUGGAGAAAGUGUACCGGUAUUCCAGUCCGAAGGUGUUGCGGCUUUUGGAAAUACUGAAGGAGUUUAAGCCGGCCGGCGAAAAACCGAAAGAAUCUGUAGUUAAUGUCGAAGGUCAACCGGCUCCGGCAAAUAAUGUGAAGACUAAUAGAGGGAAAAAUGUUAGAGGGGCAAGGCGUCCGUAUAUACCGAGGCCCCCUUUGGAGGAUAAUUUGUGCGCACUGGUUUUUGUGCAAAAUCGUAUUACAGCGAAAGUCAUUUUUACGUUACUUAAGACGAUGCAACUGAACGAUCCUGACUAUUGGUGGUUAUCCUCACUAUAUUCCGUGGAGAAAGUAGCAGAUCCCGUGAAAGAACCUCACGACGCCGAGCUAGAGCAUCUUAUUCAGGAAGAAGUACUUAGAAAAUACCGUACCCACGAUUGUAACAUAAUGGUUGCCACAUCGAUACUCGAACAGGGUUGUGAUUUACCCAAAUGUAAUUUAGUUAUUCGUUUUGAUAUACCUACGUCCUUCCAUAGCUACGUACAAAGUAAAGCCAGAGCGCGUGCCGCCGACGCUCAUUACUUAAUUAUUGUAACCGAGCACGAGAGAACCCAGUUUGUUACUCAACUAGCGGAAUACUUAGAGGUAGAAAAGACGCUACUAAGGCGAUGUUACGGUUCUGAACCGAACGAGACAGAUGAAAUUGAAGCCGAUCGCCAUUCCAUUUCGUCACCAGUUUAUAAACCAUCCAUCGAAGCAGAUGCUCCAUCAGUUACAUAUUCGACGGCCAUCACUCUCGUUAAUCGUUAUUGCGCGAAACUUCCCAGUGAUACCUUCACUCGACUAACUACGUUGUGGGACGUAUCUGAAGAUGACGGUUUUUACACAUGCAACCUUCGCCUGCCUAUUAACUCGCCCGUCAAACAAAAAAUUGUGGGGUUGUCUGCAGUUAGCCCUCUUUUGGCGUGUAGAGAUGCCGCGUUCAAAACUUGCAAGCUACUGCACGAGACCGGCGAACUAGACAACAGUUUACAGCCGAUCAGCAAGGAAAAUUUUCGAGCCAAUGAAGAAGAUUGGAAUAACUUAAUCUUGGAGGAGGUCGACGAGGUUAUCACAAAAGAAAACCUCGAACCGAGGCCGGGAACGACGAAGCGCCGCCAGUAUUAUUACAAACGUAUUGCGGAAUCUCUAAUGAGUUGUCUGCCUAGCUCUAAAACUACCAGUUACUUUUAUAAAAUUGUGAUGACCCUCACGUGUCCGUUACCUGAAGAGCAAAACACUAGAGGUCGCAGGAUCUAUCCACCCGAAGAAUCCGUACAGGGCUUCGGCAUUUUAACCUCGAAACCUAUUCCAAAGAUCUGUCCAUUUCCCAUAUUUACUCGCUCUGGAGAAGUGAGUGUGGAUUUGGAGCUUUGUUCAGAUGCGCUCGAAAUGACCCAAGAGCAAAUCGAAAAGAUUUGCGAAUUUUUAAAUUACACUUUCACAAGCGUUCUUCGAUUGCAAAGGUAUUUGAUGCUUUUCAAUCCCAUCGCAUCGGACAACUGCUUUCUGAUUGCGCCAACACGGGAUGGUGAAAAGGGAACAACAGUCGACUGGGAUUUUGUGGAUCUCAUUUACAAAAAUCGCGAUGUUUUACCUCAGAUCAUUCCCGAGGAAGAACGUGUGAAUUAUCAAUUCGAUCCGUCACAGUAUAAAGAUGCGGUCGUGAUGCCGUGGUAUCGUAACCAAGAUCAGCCACAGUACUUUUAUGUGGCAGAAAUAUGCGGUAGCCUAAAUCCAGAGUCAAGUUUUCCGGGGUCCGAGUACGCUACAUUCCGAGAAUAUUACUUCAGAAAGUACGGGAUUACGAUACAGAAUUCCGAACAGCACCUCUUGGACGUUGACCAUACCUCGGCGCGUUUAAACUUCCUUACGCCGCGUUACGUUAAUCGUAAGGGGGUCGCCUUGCCGACGAGCAGUGAAGAAACGAAGCGCGCGAAGCGGGAAAAUUUGGAACAGAAGCAAAUUUUAGUACCUGAAUUAUGUGCAAUACAUCCAUUUCCAGCGUCUUUGUGGAGAAAAGCUGUUUGCCUUCCUUGUAUAUUGUAUAGAAUUAACGCUUUGUUGCUGGCAGAUCAGAUCCGCAGAAUCGUUGCACUCGAGUUGGAUCUGGGCAAAGUCGAGCUGCAAAAUAGUUUCAGAUGGCCGCCUUUAAAUUUUGGAUGGAACUUGUCCGACGUCUUUAAGAAAACCAAAGAACAAACUGUUAAAGUAGAGCCUAGUAAUGAAACGGAGGUCGUCGACGAACCGCCAGUUUGCGUAAAUGGCAAGUGUGUGCCAGAAGUUGGGUCGAACCAUGCAGAAGAAGACAGUGGCUGCUCCGAAAGUGAUGAAGAGUCAAAGUUAUGGGUCGAAAUUGGGACAUGGUCUAACGAUAUGGCCGGUUGUAAUGGAUGUGUCGACGGUACCGUGAUUCGAUAUUCAUCCCCCACUAGUUGGAUACAUACGACUUAUGACGACUUUUCUGAUUCGGACGAAUCAUCAUUUGUCGAUGAUGCUUCAAAUUCUGAUUGUGGAGGAUUGCGGAUUGAAUUUAUGGGAGAUAAUACAGCGGAAGCGGUAGAAUCUGAUAAGGUAGGCGUGGAUGACGGCGGUCUUGUGAUGACUGACCACUGGACGAGUAUUAGUAACUCUGAACGGUCGGAAGAGUUAAAAGUCCAAUUUCAAGCGGCGUGUUCGGAAAAUUCGCAGUAUUUACUUUCUGACAAAGUUUUGGUGUCCAAAGAUGUGUCAUUCACUAAGAGUGCUAAACAAAUUGAAGAAACGUUUAAUGCACAGAUGUACAGCAGUAUGGCUCAUCAUAUUCGCCACAAAUCCAAGCAGAUGGCGGUUGCGUCACAACCUACCUCCCAAGUACCUACUAUUGCCUCACAGGUGGCCAAUGAAGAGUUGGCAUUCAGUUUCGAUAAACAGCCUGAUUUGGCGCAACAUCCUGGACCUAGUCCAAGUGUUAUAUUACAAGCACUUACCAUGUCUAAUGCAAAUGAUGGGAUUAAUUUAGAAAGACUGGAAACGAUUGGCGACUCGCAUUUGAAGUAUGCCAUAACCACCUUCUUGUAUUCAAAGUAUGAUAACGUCCACGAAGGCAAAUUGAGUCAUUUGCGUUCGAAACAAGUUAGCAACCUGAACUUGUAUCGUUUAGGCAAAAGAAAAGCAUUAGGCGAAUGUAUGAUAGCGACAAAAUUUGACCCACAUGACAACUGGCUACCGCCAUGCUACUAUGUACCUAAAGAGUUAGAAGAGGCUUUAAUUAUCGCACGCGUCCCCGCGAAUUAUUGGUCGCCUGCUCAUUUGGCGGCCGCACGUGAUAUGACACUUGAGCAGAUAUGCCAAAUGGUUAGAGAGCAUGGUGAAACAUUAGAAGAUCUGCCUAGCGUCAUUCCAUAUAAUUUAGUUACGCAGCACAGUAUUCCCGAUAAAAGUAUUGCAGACUGUGUCGAGGCGCUAAUCGGCGCCUAUCUUAUAGAUUGCGGUCCGAGAGGCGCAUUGCUAUUUAUGGCAUGGCUUGGUAUGAAAGUGUUGCCUCAACAAGCAGAUGGCAGCUAUGGCGAAUUGGAACCUCCGAAGACGCCCUUACUACGGAACAUACCCAAUCCAGAAACAGAACUGAGCAUUUUACUAGAUGGGUAUCAUCUGUUUGAAGAUAGUAUAGGUUAUCACUUUACGGAUCGUUCAUAUUUAUUACAAGCAUUGACACACGCUUCGUAUUUUCCUAAUGCAUUGACUGAUUGUUAUCAAAGAUUAGAGUUUUUAGGCGAUGCCGUUUUAGACUACGUUAUCACUAGACAUUUAUAUGAGGAUCCUCGCAUGCAUUCUCCGGGGGCGUUGACAGAUCUACGUUCUGCUUUAGUCAACAAUACAAUUUUCGCAUCCUUAGCUGUCCGUCAUGGUUUUCACCGGUAUUUCCGACACUUAUCUCCAGCUUUACACGAAGUGAUUGAACGGUUUGUCCGUAUCCAGGAAGAGAGCGGUCACGCUUUAGUGGAAGAUUUAUAUUUGCUAGCCGAAUACGAAUGUGAAGAAGUUGAGGACGUUGAAGUUCCUAAAGCAUUAGGUGAUGUUUUUGAAUCGGUCGCGGGAGCGAUCUUUCUGGAUUCCGGUAUGUCUUUGGAUGCUGUAUGGAGGGUAUACUAUCGAAUGAUGAAGAAUGAAAUCGAAAAGUUCAGCGAUCACGUUCCAAAAUCGCCGAUACGUGAACUUCUGGAACUGGAACCAGAAACUGCCAAAUUUGGUAAACCUGAAAAAUUAGCCGACGGACGUCGCGUACGCGUUUCCGUCGAGGUAUUUGGUAAAGGACUUUUUAAAGGAAUUGGUAGAAAUUACCGAAUUGCCAAAUGCACAGCAGCCAAAUGUGCACUUAAACAUUUAAAACGUAAAUGCUCUAUACGGAAAAAUUAAAUUAUAUUUAAUGCCUUUAUAUUGUUGUGAUAUAAUUUUCUUGUGAUUCACUUUAUUGUUUUCCUAUAUAUUAAGCAAUUUUUUGUUACGUAUUGACUUGCAUAAGUCUACCAUAUCGUUACUUAAUGGUAACAACCCGCAUGGGUGCAUCUCCAAUCAGAGCCAAAUGAUUGCGCCAUUACAGUUUAAGUAUUUACUUUUUUUAUAUCAGUAUCUGCUCGUUCUUGAUGUUGAUGUAUUGUAUUUAUUAGUUUUGUUGGAAAAAAAAACUUUCACAAAAUAAACUGAAAUACAUCAGGAAUAGUGUAGAUAGGUUAUCAAACUCGGAAAUUAAAGAGGAUAAGGUGAAUAUUGGAAUUCUGAGUUUGGGUGGAGCCUUUUGAGAUAUGUAUCAAGAUAUACUUUAAAAUAGGACUUGUUCAUACAGUUUAUACGACUCGUUUGUGUAUAAGAACAUUUUUCGAAUUAUUUCAAAAGCAAAAAAGAACCCAAAAAUCAGUGAAGCACAAUAUUUGCUAAUAGAUUUAGCAACUUCCCUAAUUAAUCACAACCUUAUCUCUAGCAAGGCAUUUAAAAAUGGACACUGUAUAUCGCAAAACUUUGACAAGGACUUUUCCGCCAUACUUUAUAGCACCUUAGAAAGGUUUCAGCUGAUGGCUAGUGCACUUUAUCAAAUUUGAAAAUAUCAGGCAAAAUUAUGAAAUGUUCUAUUUUAAAGCAGAUUAAUAAGCUUCUAUCUGAAUUUCUGAGAAUCUUUCUCCAGUAUCAAAAGCCUACACUUCAAUUUUCAGCUUAUCCCCUUUCAUAUUCGGGGUGUUCCUGGGCAAUAAAUUGCACACAAUCGAACAUAAACUGCUCAUAUUUUUUCUAGAUACCUAAAUGUUCAAAAUGGUUAGACGAAAAUGUAUAGCAAAUACAUUUAUAA